AUGGCAGGAGCUUUAUAUUUAACUUAUAAGAAGGCCUCCUUUGUGAAGGGUUAUACGUAUUGGUUCACCUCGAUCUGGCUGAAACCAUGGCCUCUUGGGACCUUCAUAUACUAUCGUAUUCCAAACCAGAUUGCACAGGCAAUUAUCAAGGACCAAGGGGAAGUCAACAACACGCAGGAUUCAGCAGCCCGGGAAAUGGUUCGGGAUCUCAAAGAGCUUACCUCGAAAGGCGGCAAAAUGGAUUGGGAGUCUCUCCAAGCAAGCUCACAGGCCCCGGAUAAUUAUGAUAAGGGAUCUUUCUUGGAUCAAGAGAUGGAUCGUAUCUCUCUCUCGUUCGUAUUUGGGGACUCCCCUGCCCCGGAUUAUCCACCGAGUCAACAGGUGACAUUAGAUGAGCACAAGGCGUGGUCUAAAUACAAACAUCAUCAAUUCAUCCAACGAUGGGGCCUUCUCUCAGAAGAUGAAGGUCGAGACGAAGAAUGGUGGAUUGCAGAUCCAGUGGUCAUUCUGGAGGCUAGAGAUGGACUCCUUGAUCCGUCACUCACUCUCUCGCACACCAUCAAGGACACCAUCAAGGUGGCUCGGGCUAUUGGUUCUUGUUACUUAUGGGUUGACGCCUUAUGCAUUCUGCAGGAUAGUACAGAAGACGUGGCCAAGAAUGUUACUAUGAUGGACAAAAUCUAUAGUGGUGCAGCUCUGACCAUCGUCGCCUCGACCAAUGUGAGCCCCUAUUAUGGUCUACCGGAAGUCAGCACGUCUCCUCGAUCUAGAACGCAGAUCACGCAGACUGUUCCGGGAAUGUGCGUGUCUACUGCAUUCCAUGACCCGCGGAGGAGGCUGGAUGAUAUUGAAAAUUCCAUCUGGAAUACCCGCGCAUGGACCUAUCAAGAGCGACAUCUGUCUUCUCGAUCUGUGUAUUUCACUGAUUCCGAGAUGGUGUUUAUUUUUCCAUUUGCGACAUUCUUCGAGGACACGGUUCCUGCCAAUGGUCUUCAGUACAGGCCCUCGCCAGUCAAUGAAGGCUUCAAUUCCUAUCCCCGUGGUGUCGAGAUGCAGAUAUGGAACGAUCCUACGCAACGCAUUUUCCCAAAUAAGUUUUUCCAGACAGGCGAUCAAACAACGACCAUGGUGGCUGUGGGUCCGAAUCAAGAUGGGGGACGAGGGCCGUGCUCAGAUCCAUCUCCAAUAUAUCGCAUCGCCCGCCUUCCGGGUCCCCACUUAUCCGGUAUACAAGAGGCUUGA